GACCACAACCUGACUGGGACUUCUCCACCGUUGGUUACCAGAACGGAUGUUUUAAAAUUAUGGACAAACCGUCCCACCUGAGUGUGGUUGUUGACCUCUCACCAAGCCAGUGGCACCUUUGUGGACAGUCGAGCAAUUCACACCCAUUGCCACUUUCUGCUUUCCUAUCUCAGCUUCUGGCUUUUCUGAAUGCUCACAUAGCCUGCAAUGACGAGAACACACUUUCUGUAUAUGGCGCGCUACCUGGGAAGAGCAUUCUCUUGUACUCCUCAGCAACUGCUGUCCCGGAAGAAUUCACGGGGCCAGCGGACCCGAAUACAUAUAGACCUUUUGAGGUGCUAGAUUCCACGAUGAUGAAUUCAAUCUCAGACCGGGUUGAAGCUCUAACGGAUUUGGAGCAGGAGCCGCCAAUAGGGCUAGUCGGUGCUUUGACCAAGUCUCUAUGUUAUAUCAACCGUAUGAGCAACGCUUCAUCCACGUCAACAGCAGCGGGAGGCGUGCAAGGGCCUGUCGUCCUCCCGGACCCACGAAUCCUGGUUGUAUCCGUGUCUCCUGAUGAAUCGUCAUCGUAUAUUCCAAUUAUGAACUCAAUAUUUUCGGCUCAGAAACUAAAAGUAACCAUAGAUGUAUGCAAGCUCUACGGACCCGAGAGCGUAUUCCUACAGCAAGCGGCGCAUCUUACGGGAGGGUCAUACAUCUACCUUGAGCGGCCUGACGCUCUCUUGCAGUACCUGACUAUGGCUUUCCUCCCGCCUCCCGCUGUUCGACAGUUACUGUCAGUGCCUACACAAGAUAAGGUAGAUUUCCGUGCGGCAUGUUUCUGCCAUAAGAAUAUCGUGGAUAUCGGAUUCGUUUGCUCGGUCUGCUUGUCAAUUUUCUGCCAGCCUGUGCCCGUUUGCUCCACUUGCCGGACGAAAUUUCCGAUCAAGACGUUGCAGCGUCUCAACGCUUCGAAACCCGCCGCUCCUGCUCCUCGGACACCUGCACCUACCCCGCCGGCUACGAGUCUUCCUCGGUCACAGUCAAUCGGGACACCGCGCUCGAGCAUGGGGAAUGGACUCGUGGCACCAUCGCCAAGUCGUAAUGGUACCUCAUUACCGCCAAGAUGAGCUUUCGGAUGAAGGCAUAUUCCAUUCUUGGUGGAUACUACUCUACACUUUAUUGCAUCUAAUGUAUAAUGCUGUGACGAGGAGCCUACAGUUGUCCGACAUCAGGAUGUUCAAAUCUAUCAGUCACUUUGUAUCAUCCCGCUGUUAAAGGUAGGGUCGUGAUAUACAUCGAAUGUCUAUCAACAGAUGCGGGUUGUGAGGGUCUACGUAUGAUCACAGCCUAAUCAGACAACAAAUUAGC